UUCCGCUUCCGGUUCCGGAGUAACGGACACACAGUUCAAAUCAACGGAACUGAAUUCGUGAAUAUUUAUAGCCUCGCGGGGAUUUAGUCUGCAGUUUAAUUCACAGAGCUGGAGCAUUUGUGAUUGACCCGCGUGAUAUGACGAGUUUGAACACAGUCACAGCUGAUUGAAAAAUCAUGUCAGAUACGGAGAAAAACCCAAACAGAAAGAAUUAAAGAAAAGGAAGAAGAAGAAAUCUUUCCCCUGCACUCAGUGUGGAAAGAGUUUCACAAGCAAAUCUCUUCUCAAGCUACACAUGAACAUCCAAAAUGGAGAGAAAACGUUCACUUGUGAUCAGUGCGGGAAGAGUUUCACAAGCAAAUCUCUUCUCAAGCUACACAUGAGAGUUCAUACUGGAGAGAAACCGUUCACUUGUGAUCAGUGCGGGAGGAGUUUUACAAGCAAAUCUCUUCUCAAGCUACACAUGAGAGUUCAUACUGGAGAGAAACCGUUCACUUGUGAUCUGUGCGGGAAGAGUUUCUCACAAUCAGCAAUCCUUAUGACACACAUGAACAUCCACACUGGAGAGAAACCACACACAUGUGAUCAAUGCGGGAAGAGUUUCACACGGUCAUCAAACCUUAUGACACACAUGAACAUCCACACUGGAGAGAAACCACACACAUGUGAUCAAUGCGGGAAAACAUUUUUGUGGUCUUCAAACCUGACAAAACACCUGAAACUUCAUGCGAAGGAGAAGCCACAUUCAUGUCAUUUGUGUGGAAAGAGUUUUCGAUUAAAAGAAUAUUUGAAAGCUCAUCAGAAAAAACAUACUGGUGUGAGAGAGUACAUGUGCUUUGAGUGUGAAAGGACUUUUAUUUCAGCGAGCCAUUUAAAACUGCAUGAGAAGAAUCACAGUGGAGAGAAACCUUACAAGUGUUCACACUGUGACAAGAGAUUCAUUGUUUCAUCACAUCUGAAAACACAUGAGAUGAUCCACACUGGAGAGAAACCUUUUAAGUGUUCACACUGUGACGAGAGAUUCAUUCAGUCAGGAAACCUGAAAACACAUGAGAUGAUCCACACUGGAGAGAAACCUUACAAGUGUUCACACUGUGAAAAGAGAUUCAGUGUGUCAUCACAUCUAAAAACACACGAGAGGAUCCACACUGGAGAGAAACCUUACAAGUGUUCACACUGUGACAAGAGAUUCAGUGUGUCAUCACAUCUAAAAACACAUGAGAGGAUCCACACUGGAGAGAAACCUUACAAGUGUUCACACUGUGACAAGAGAUUCAGUGUGUCAUCACAUCUAAAAACACAUGAGAGGAUCCACACUGGAGAGAAACCUUACAAGUGUUCACACUGUGAUGACCGAUUCAGUCGAUCAGGAUACCUGAAAACACACGAGAGGAUCCACACUGGAGAGAAACCUUACAAGUGUUCACACUGUGACGAGAGAUUCAGUGUGUCAUCACAUCUAAAAAGACACGAGAGGAUCCACACUGGAGAGAAACCGUAUCACUGCACUGCAUGUGGGAAGUGUUUCAAACAUUCAUCUUCUCUACACAAUCAUACAAAAAACAAACACAGUUAGUAGAUCAUCUUCAGAUCUGAUGCUGCUUCCUCACCAAAUGUGACACAAUAAUGGAUCAAGCAGUGAAAUAUCAUCUGGAUAAAUCAUUACCAGUGACAAGAAAAAGAAACAUUAUCUGAAGUUUUCUCAGUGAAGUUCAUCUUCAAAACCAGCAGAUUCAACCGAUUCAGGUCAACUCAAAGAUACAUUUUCUCCCCAAAGAACAAUGUCACAAAGGUUUAUUAUUGUACAUCAUUUUGCUUCAUGAUAUAAAUGAUAUCCCAUGGGGCGGGUUACGGAAAAUUUCUCAAAA